GACGAAUCAGAUAAACAGGUAUCGAAUACAUACAGUAAAUUAGUGUGAAUGUAUGAAGUUUCUUCCUUUCGUCUCUACACAUUUAUUAUCGUUAAUGAAACGAGAAAAGCUAUUAAUAUUUUACGCCAAGAUGUUUUAAUUGUAAAGUACAGUAGUUUAGUUAACAAUUUCAAUUUUAAAACGUAUCGUAAAAUUCCGUUCGGUAGUCGCUUGUGUACGGUAAUAUACUGUAUUUCAAAACUUCAUUCGAAUAUAAUGUGGAUGUGGGUGGAGAGUUGUGUAAAUUGAAAUUUCGACGUCACCUUUUGCUCGUGUUACGCUAGAAAACAAUUGGGUGUAUUCAAAAUCUCAGCGCGCUGCCAGCGCUUCGCUGCCGGAAGUGACGUACUGCUGGCGUUUCGGAGCAAACACGAAUGCUGACUGCUGACUGUUGGAAUAUCCAGAAAGGUAAACAAGAAAAAUGGCGGAUGAUAUGGACUUGUACGUUUCGCUAAAUUUGUUUUUGAACUUAUUUAAUGAGACCAACGUAAUGAAAAAUGAAUAUUUCGAAAAGAGAAAGAGGGAUGAGAAUUUUUUAAUAUCUGUAGGAGUUAUAGAAGAAGAAGAAAAACCAAACAAGAAAAGAAAGAGGAUUCGAAUUGAAAAUUAUGUUUCAGACGUAGUAUCUAUGUACUCUGACAAAGAAUUUAAAAGUCAUUUUCGCCUAUCGCGUACAACAGUAGAGAUACUUUUACAAUGUCUUCCCAAUCCAAAGGUGAAAACAAAGCCCCUAAUUGAAAAAGAAAAAAAUUUGCUUAUAUUCUUGUGGUUAGUUGGCAAUCAGGAAACAUACAGAGAAGUAGCUGACAGAUUUGGGGUAACUGAAAGCCAUGCACACGGUGUGUUUAUGAAAUAUUGUGAUCACAUUUCAGCUUUGGCUACUAAAUUUAUUUGCUGGCCUAUUGGUGAAGAAGCUGAAAGAUCCAUUCGAGCAUUUGAAGCUCUACGACAAGUGCCUUUUCCUGGUGUAAUAGGUGCCAUAGAUGGCACCUAUGUCGAAUUUUCGGCACUAAAGGAAGAAAAAAAUGAACAUAUCACUAGAAAACAAACUGCUGCUGUUGUGCUUCAAGCAGUUUGCAGAAGCAAUUUGCUUUUUAUUGAUAUAUUUGCAGGAUGGCCUGGAUCAUCAAAUGACGCAAGGGUGUUCCGAAAUAGUCCUCUCUAUUCCAAAUUGGGAGAUCCACAGUUUUUUCCAAACAAUUGUCACAUGAUAGGAGAUUGUGCAUAUCCUCUAUCAAAAUCACUCCUAACACCUUAUCGUGAUACUGGCUAUUUAACAAGAAAAGAGAAAAACUAUAACAAAGUUUUAAGCUCAAGUAGAGUUGUCAUUGAACAAGCUUUUGGCCAUUUGUUUGGUAGAUUCCGAAAACUAAGAUAUUUAUAUAUCAGAAAGAGAGCUUUGGUUCCAAAAGUCAUCACUGCCUGUUGUGUACUGCAUAAUUUUUGUAUUAUGCAUAAUGAUCAGAGUACAGAUGUUGAAAUUGUUAGUGAAGAGAAUGGUCUAGAAGAACUGGAAGAACCCCGCAGCAGUUAUUCAAAUACUGAUGGAGCAGCUAAGAGGAACUUGAUAGCAACUCAGUUGUUCUGAGACUGGGUGAUGUUAUUGGGCUGUAUGUACUGUACAAUACACUUUACUAUAUGAAUUGUGUUUCAAUGUAAUAAAAUAUUGUUUGGAAUGUAUUAUUAAGUAUUAUAAUUUUGUUGAGAUGGAUACUAUACAUAAGUGUCUUGGUAUGAUACAUCUACUUUAAACAGUUAAAAAUUUAAAUUUCAGUGUCUUAAAUAAAAAAAAAAUGACAAUGCUUUUUAUUAAAGUUAUUUGAAUUUGUUAAUUUAAAAAAUAAUCUUUAUACACUACUACCAAUAGUUUAUUUGUCAAUUGUCGUCAACAGGUUAAAAAACUUUUAAUAAAUAUAUUUAUAAAAUUCUUGCUGAACAGACAAAAAGCACUCUUCUUGAAAUAGCCUAAGGUUGGCUAAUUAACCUUCAGCAUAUGAUGUCUGGACAAGAGAUGAUAAAAAGUCAGACUAGGUAGAAUAAUAUUGCUUUAUUUUAAUAAAUAAAAAAUUAGCCAAGGGGCUACUUUAAAAAAAAAAA